AUGAUAACUGCUUUAUGUUUGAGAUUUAUAAAUAAAUGUAAAGCAAACCCAGAGUUGAGAACAGACUUCAUAUGUGCUUCUGAGUUAAGAUAUGCUACUGAAGUUUUAGUAAAACUCGUACAAUCAACUGAAUUUCAGAGGGAAAUAAAGUGCUUGAAAAGCGGACAAUCUAUUCCAAAAAAUAGUAAAAUACCAUCUCUUAACGUAUUUCUUGACAAAAAUGAGGUACUGAGAGUAGGAGGAAGACUGGAGUAUUCUGAGUUUUCUGAAUUUCAGAAACAUCAGAUACUCUUGCCAAAGGCUUAUCAUUUCACUAAUUUAGUUAUUGAAUAUUAUCAUAGAAAAUCCUUACAUUCUGGCGUACAGACUACAUUAUCUUUAAUAAGACAGUCUUAUUGGAUACCGUCUGGUCAAGAUCGAGUUAGAAGAGUAAUAAAUAAGUGCAUAACUUGCUUUAGAACGAAGAAUCAAAUGGUAAGCCAGAUGAUGGGUAAUCUACCUAGGGACAGUGUCGUGCCUUCUAGACCUUUCGAGAAGGUCGGAUUAGAUUUCGCAGGACCUAUAAUCACGAAACCUAAUUUGAAAAGGUCAAAGGUGACUUUGAAGUCUUAUAUUGCAUUAUUUAUCGGUUUUUGCACUAAAGCAGUGCAUUUAGAAGUCGUUUCUGAGUUAACAACAGAAGCUUUUCUAGCCUGUAUACGACGAUUUAUUGCCAGAAGAUCCAAACCAGCCGUUAUCAGGAGCGAUAACGCCACGAAUUUCAAAGGUUCGAGAAAUAUUCUUAACGCAUAUAAUGAUAUUUGCAAAUCUAACCCAAUUCAAGGAUUUAGUGCAGAAGAAGGCAUCCAAUGGAAAUUUAUCCCACCAGCUUCUCCUCACUUUGGCGGACUGUGA